AUGACAAUAUUUGUCGCUGUUUCAUGUUUGUCUUACGUUGUUAUUCCACUCAUUGCGAUGAUUAAUCAAUCAAUCAAUGGAAUAAAACCAAUAAAACAUAUAUUGCCAUUUCCUGCAAUAUACAGUUGGAAUAUUCCGCCAGAUAGUUAUCGUUUCAAACUUCAUUUUCUAAAUGAAUCGUUAACUGUUUUGAGUGUUAUUUGCAUAACUGUUGGUGUGGACAAUCUUUACACGCAUUAUGUUUUCCAAAUGAUUGGAUUUUUACGUGUCAUUGCGUACCGCAUGAUAAAUUUUAAUGAACAAAAUAAAGAAUCCAGUGAAAUAGUUGUACGUGAGUGUAUGAGUCAAUAUGAAACAUUAAUAAAUUGUCGUAAUAAACUUCAAAAAAUUUAUGGUCCAAUUAUCCUCUGGACAAUGGGAACAAACGCUAUUAUAUUAUGCGCCGUUAUUUUUCAGCUAAGCCAAAGUGAUAAAUGUCGAGCAGCCAUUUAUGCUGCUAAUUGGGUUGGCAACAAGCGUUUUAUGCACUCGAUUAUUAUUAUGUUGUCACAAAAACCCUUGAUUUUAACAGCAUGUAAUUUUACAGUUGUUUCGAUGGAUGUAUUUAUGUCGGUAAAUAUAUUUUGA